UCACUUUCAUCUGACGUAAAAACAACAGUGGAGAUUUUUCACAGUUUGACGUUGUUUUAUUUUUUGUCCGUCUACGCAUUAUUAAUGAAGAUCAUGGCUCACUUUGGCGAAUAUUUAUCGAUUUUAAAACCGUGUUUUUUAGACGCAGAAAGGUGCUGACGUUACGCUGACUAAUCCAACGACGGGGUGUCAAAUCCGAGUCACGAGACGAUCUCUGGAAAUCAGUAUUUGCUGGCAUGGACAACCCCAACUACCGCUCUGAGAGUUACGACGGCCUUCAUGCCAGUGACGAAGAUGAUGAUGAUGAGAUGGUGGAUAUCGCUGGAGCCACACUGGACUUCACAGACGAUGAACCUCCUCUCGGCUCAGGCGCCUACGAGGACUACAACAGCAGCACAAUGAAUGGUAACGGUCCCAGGAAGCUGGUGGACCCGCUGGAGGACCCGCUGCCCGGCGUGGGAACCUACGAAGACUUCAACACCAUCGACUGGGUCCGAGAGAAGAGCAAAGACCGCGACAGGCACAGAGAGAUCACCAAUAAAAGCCGCCAGUCGACUGUGGCGCUGCUGCACAGCAUCAGCGAUGCCUUCUCCGGGUGGCUGCUCAUGCUGCUCGUGGGACUCAUGGCAGGCGCUCUCGCCGGAGGCAUCGACAUCGCCGCUCACUGGAUGACGGACGUGAAGGGUGGAGUCUGUCUGUCCGGCUUCUGGUUCAACCACGAGCACUGCUGCUGGCUGUCCAACGAGACGACGUUCCAGGACAGGGAUCGCUGCCCACAGUGGAAGAGCUGGGGCGAGCUCAUCGUCGGCACCACAGAGGGUGCAUUUGCGUACAUCGUCGGCUAUCUGAUGUACGUCAUCUGGGCGCUGCUCUUCUCCUUCCUGGCGGUGGCGCUGGUGCGAGCCUUUGCUCCAUAUGCAUGUGGCUCAGGAAUACCAGAGAUCAAAACCAUCCUCAGCGGCUUCAUCAUCCGCGGCUACCUGGGGAAGUGGACGCUGAUCAUCAAAACCAUCACGCUGGUGUUGGCUGUCUCCUCGGGGCUGAGCCUGGGGAAGGAGGGCCCUCUGGUCCACGUCGCCUGCUGCUGUGCCAACAUACUGUGCCAUCUGUUCACCAAGUACCGCAAGAACGAGGCCAAGCGGCGAGAGGUGUUAUCUGCGGCGGCAGCGGUUGGCGUGUCUGUUGCUUUCGGCGCCCCUAUUGGAGGAGUCCUGUUCAGCCUGGAGGAGGUGAGCUAUUACUUCCCCUUGAAGACCCUGUGGCGUUCGUUCUUCGCCGCCUUGGUCGCCGCCUUCACGCUACGCUCCAUCAACCCGUUCGGGAACAGCCGCUUGGUCUUGUUCUACGUGGAGUUUCACACCCCGUGGCACCUGGUGGAGCUGGCCCCCUUCAUCCUGCUGGGGAUAUUUGGCGGCCUCUGGGGGGCGCUGUUUAUCAAAGCAAACAUCGCCUGGUGCAGGAAACGUAAGACGACUCGCCUCGGUCACUACCCCGUCACCGAGGUGCUGGUGGUCACCGCGCUGACCGCCGUGCUCGCCUUCCCAAACACCUACACCAACAUGAGCGGCGCAGAGCUGAUCUCCGAGCUGUUCAACGACUGCUCCUUGCUCGACUCGUCGCAGCUCUGCGGCUACCUGCAGCCAAGUACCAUUUCAAACAGCAGCAUCGGGAACACCCUGGGCGACCGGCCCGCGGGUCCAGAGCUCUUCAAGGCCCUGUGGCAGCUGGCUCUGGCUUUGGUCUUCAAGAUGAUGAUCACAGUCAUCACCUUUGGCAUGAAGGUUCCGUCCGGACUCUUCAUUCCCAGUAUGGCGGUGGGAGCGAUAGCCGGCCGGCUGCUGGGUGUCGGGAUGGAGCAGCUGGCUUACUACAACCAUGAGUGGGUCAUCUUUAAAGGGUGGUGCUCUCAGGGAGCCGACUGCAUCACGCCAGGGCUGUACGCCAUGGUGGGAGCCGCCGCCUGUUUAGGCGGCGUCACCCGCAUGACAGUGUCGCUGGUAGUCAUCAUGUUUGAGCUGACUGGCGGUCUGGAGUACAUCGUCCCGCUCAUGGCAGCCACCAUGACCAGCAAAUGGGUGGCAGAUGCGUUUGGAAAAGAGGGGAUUUAUGAGGCUCACAUCCGGCUGAACGGUUACCCGUUCCUGGAGCCCAAAGAGGAGUUCCAGCACAGCAGCCUGGCGGUGGACGUGAUGAGACCCAGGAGGGCAGAUCCGGCGCUGGCCGUGCUGACGCAGGAGGGCAUGACCGUUGGGGAGGUGGAGGCGUUGGUGGAAAGCCCUUGCUUCAGUGGCUAUCCGGUGGUCGUCUCCCAGGAGUCCCAGAGGCUUGUGGGAUUUGUAUUCCGAAGAGACCUGCUCAUAUCCAUAGAUAAUGCACGCAAGCGCCAGGACGGCGUGGUCAGCGCCUCCCAGGUCCUCUUUACGGAGCACACCCCGCCCCAGGCCCCCGAAGCCCCGCCUCCCCUCCGCCUCCGAGGCAUCAUGGACCUCAGCCCGUUCACAGUCACUGACCACACGCCCAUGGACAUCACGGUGGAUAUUUUCAGGAAGUUGGGGCUGCGCCAGUGUCUGGUUACGCACAACGGGAGGCUGCUGGGAAUCAUCACCAAGAAGGACAUUCUGAAACACAUGGCGCAGAUCGCCAACAGAGACCCCGACUCCAUCCUCUUCAACUGAGCUCCGCCGCCGCUGCCCGCCCUCUGUUGACCGGGGGACGAGCCCAGAAGGCACCAAAAAGCUCCUUUACCUCUUCCUGAGUAGCCGCUCAGAGGAAGCUGAGCCCAAAUCGAGCUUGAUUUGCACAAAUGACCACAGACUAGUUUCUUUUUUUUUCUUUUCAGGUUGUCCAGAAGCGCUCCAAAACAAUGACUCAUUUUUCCUGACACAUGAUGGAAAUACACAAAUCUGCUCAUUUGGCUUUUUUCCAUUCCCCUUUUUUUUCUCACGCUGUCUUUUAUUUUUUAAGCUUGAGAGGAAGUGUGGACAGAAACAGACACACUAUUCCUCUGCGUUCUUGCUGCAGAGAGAAUGUUUGAAAUCAGGAGGCAGGAGACGCGAGGACGAGCAGAAAUGAAGAUGGAGUGAGCUCAGGAAGCUCCGUGCGAGCCCAAGCCCAGACUUCAGCCUCGGCCGGGCGCUGAGAAACGCUUUCCAACCCCGUCCACCGCUGUAGCCUCCAGGCGGCUGACACCACCUCAUCUGUGCACGUUUGCACCCCACGGCAGCCUGGGAACUGUCCCCAGAUGUCUUACAGGCAUGAGUCGUUUCCCUCUCAUCUCCCGCCAUGCAGACGCUCAGCGUGACCUCAUUCACGUGCGUGUGUCUGACAGACGUGGACCGUCCUGACGGUGCCCAGUCACCAGGUGUUUCUGGAAGGGCUUAAACAUGCUUAAACACACAUGAAUUAAUUUAUGUAAAUGUGAAAUUUUGUUCCACUAAAUUAUUUCACUGACA